CUGGCUCCUUUUGAAUAGUGGUGUAUAUUUUAGCCUAUAUUUUAUUUAUAAUAUAUUUUAAAAGCCUGUAUAUAGCCUACGUACUGUUAAACUACAUUUUAUUUUUAUAUAUUAUACGUAUAUUAUAAAAUUACAUUGCAUGAGCCAGGUACUGUUAAACUUCAUUGUAGGCUACAUUAGGCCACCUUUGUUUUAUAAAUGUCACUUGACAUUACUGACAUUUGAUUGGACUGGACUUCAAGUAUCAUUAUUAUUAGUUUUCCAAGGCGCAAACAAAUAAAAUAAUAAUAAUAACGUGCUAAUUGUGUCUAUUGUUUUAAACGGAAGCCGCGUUCUAUUUCUGACGCACUGCACGCGCUACAAAUAGACGCGGAAAGUUCGCUUUGAUGCAUCUACUGUAGUUAGAACAUUGCAGAUCAUUUUAUUUUGCAAGUCUCCGCUCAUACAGCUUUGCUGUAAACUUGCCUUGACCCAAACAUCCCCAAAACACCUCCUUUUUUUGUUGCUUUUUUUUUUACGUCACGAGAGUGUGGACUCAGAGGAAGACCACGAGGAUUUUUGGGCUGAGAUUUGGGACAGAGCCGAUAUCUGCUGUACAUCAGACUCCGUUCAUGAGAGUUUAAAUCCUGGGGAAUAUUCCCAUCUUCCCACAGCUGAAGAAGAAGCACGCAGGAGGAAUUACUCCAGGAGAAACUACUGAAAUACUAUUGGAAAGAUGGAGUUUGAGGAAGAACCCUGCAGAAUGAGAGAUGAAGAUCCAGAGGAACAAACAGAUAAAGCUGGAAACAAUAUUUCUCAGACCAAAAAGAAUUUCACGCAAAAACGAGCUGAAAAAACUGGAGUCAAAGAUUCAAUCACCUGCUCCGAGUGUGGAAAAAGCUACUCGCGAAAAUACGAACUUAAACAACACAUGAAAAUUCACACCCGAGAGAAUCUGUUCACAUGCUCUCAGUGUGGAAAGGAUUUUGUUGACAAAAAAAGCUUGACCAGACAUCUAAUGGUUCACACUAGAGAAAAACCGUUCAAAUGCACUCAGUGUGUGAAGUGUUUCAGAGACAGAAGCGCUCUCAAAGAUCAUCUGGAUGCUCACGCUGCAGUGAGAUCAUUCAGCUGUGAUCGCUGUGAUAAAACAUUUGUCUUGGCAUCACACCUUAAAACACACUUUAGAGUAGUUCAUGCUGGUCUGAAGCCUCACAUUUGCUCUCUGUGUGGAAAGAGUUUUGCUCGACCGUACUCAUUAAAAGAGCACCAGAAUAUUCACACUGGUAUGAAACCUUACAUAUGUGACUGUGGGAAGAGCUUUACUGCACAAAGUAAUUUAUUAGAACACCAGAAGAUUCACACUGGGGAGAAACCUCACAAAUGCUCACACUGUGGAAAGAGUUUCUUUUUCUCAAAGGCCUUGAAAGAUCAUGAGAGAGUUCACACUGGAGAAAAGCCGUACCAGUGCUCUUUAUGUGGGAAGACUUUCGCUCACUACCCCAAUCUGUUUGUUCACAAGAAAAAGCCUUGCCCACCGGUGUUUAAGUGAGAGAAACAUUUGUGUAACUGGCAAAAUCAGUCCAUCAUAUAUUCACACAUAAAUAUAUAUAUAUAUAGAAGUGAUGCAUAUUUAAAAGAUGGUAUUAUAUUGAAAUGUUAAUGUGCUGUUAUUAUCUCUCACAGUCUGCAUGAACAUAUGUUAAAAAUCAGUAGUAGUUUAUGGUUGCUUUAUUAUGAUGAUAUUGUUUAUUUUAUCUAUUUUCUUUUCAUCUUUGUGUAAUUUGAAAUUAAAAGCAACAAAAGUA